ACGUUGCGCAUGCGCCGUGGACACCGCCGCUGUCAAUAUCUGUAAAAUCGGUUGAUUUAUACACAACAGACAACAGUCAUCGAAUAUUGAACAAGAGGAAAGAACACAUCAAAAUCUACUUGACAACAAAAAUAAUGCACAAUCCGCAGCGGAGUCGGAGCAACAGCAACUGCUGGUGGCUGUUGCCAUUGGCGUUUGCAGUUGCCUUUCUCCUGCCACACGUUGUGUAUGGAGCGAAUCACAGCAGCAUUAUCGCCGACGCCGAGCUCAGCGCAUCGGAGCGUAAUCGCCGUCUUAUUCCCUACAUGGCCUUCUAUCUGCCCGCCCCGGAGUUGCCCAUCAAUCAGCAAUACGCUGUGAAGCAUGCCCCAUCUGCAGGCGGGGCACAGCUUCGUCCACCACUAGCUGCACCCAGUCGCAUCCCCGUGCCGGUUGCCUACAUGCCACAACCUCAACCACAGCCACAGCCACCACCACAUCAUCCACAUCCGCAUCAGCAUCAGCAUUCGCAUGCACAUCAUCAGGGAUCGUCGGCACAUUAUCAGCAGGGCGCAGCCGACAUUUACCAUGCGCUGCAGCAGCAUCAGGGACUGGCACCUGGUCAUGGAAAGGAUGCCGCAUUGCCGGCUGAUGCGGGCGCCACAUUUAUUGCCUACAAGCCAUUGAACCCAACGACAGCACACAAGCACAAAACUGUGCAGCACUUUCCUCCGCUUUCCCAACACGAACAACAGCAGCAGCAACAACAACAACAGGAACAGUUUGAGUUACUGCCACCGCCGGCGGCGCCACAAGCGCAGUACCAUCGACAGCGGGGCAAACAAUCAAAAGUCAAUUUAACACCGUUUACAGCACAGAACACGCUGCCGGGACACUUUAUGCCCAUUAUUUAUACGCCAGUGAGCAAGCCAGGCCACAACAACAACAAUAACAAUGAGCUCCAUAAUGGCAAUACUAUCAAUUACAACAAGAAGCCAGCGUCGUCUUCGACGCCAACAGAAAUUGUCUACCAUAAAAAUGCACAUCAAACACAAAUUGUUACGGAUUAUGCACCCGGAGACGGAGCAGCUUCGUCUGCAGAGCAGCAGCAGCAGCAGGAGGAGAGGGGACAGGAGGAGGUUUUGGUGCAUCCAACACCAAGUGUUGGCUAUAAAGUAUACAGUGAGCCAUCGAGUGGUUCAUCCUCAUCGACGAGCUCGUCGAAAACCGCAUUGAUAGUGCAUCAAAAGUCGCAACAGUCGCCUGGUUAUGGACACGUAAACAAAUACGAGAGUUACUUCCACAUGUCACCGGAUCAACAGCAGCAGUCGCUGACGCCGCAGGAGAAAUACGUGCUCUACUUACAGCAGCGCAUGAAGCUGCAGCGGCAGCAGCAAAAACAGCAACAGCAGCAGGCUGAGAGAUAUCAUCAUCAAGAGGACGCUCAUCUCCAGUCAGCGCAAAGCAAUACGAAUGCUGGCAAACAUCAGCAACAACAGCAUCACAAUCAUCCGCUUGUCUCUUCACCACAGCCACCACCACAGCAACCACCACAAUCGCCAACACAACAACACCACAGUCAGUUACACAAUUACAAUGGUCUCUUUGGCCAACAACAACAACAGCAGCAGCAGCUGCAAACGCCGCCUCAACAGGUGCUGCAUAUUCCAUUACGUGCCCUCAUGGGCCACCUUAACCAUCAUAAUACUCACGAGCAGCCAGAUUAUGCCAAGGAGCCGCUGCUCGGGUCACCCGCUCCAGCGCAAUUCAUUGAUUACCUAAUUGAUGGGCCCCGCCAGUCGUUGGAUGAGGAACAACAGCAACAUCAACAACAUCAACAGCAGCAUCAUCAUCAGGAGUCGUCGCCAUCUCGUGCACCACAACAUGCCUUCAUUCUGGUGACAACUCCCGCUCCCUAUGCCGACCAUCCACAGGCACCACGUAUUCAUGAUUUGACGCCCACUCGGGCUCCUGUCGUCUACAAACAUCAGCCCACGCUGCGGCUGCAACCCGUGACUCCGGUGCACAAUUACAAGGCCACUCGACGUCCUGUCUACAUUACGCCACCCACGCCCAGUGAGACUGUCAAAAUUACACCCAAGUACGUUUACGUGUCCAGCAAGCCACCGUCGGCAUCGGUGCCUAAUGAAUUACCCAGUCGUCCGCCGCCAAUUAAACUGAAGCCUGUCUACAAAUACGCCCAGGAGCGGCCAACAAGUGCGCCUUUGCCCAGCAAGGUCUACGCCCAAGAAGAUGCGGAUCAAUUGCCCGACAUACGCACCUCAUCGCUGGCCGAAAUUCUGCACAAGUUGCAGGCGAGCAAUCACUUGCCACACACGCUUACUCCGGAUAACAUUGACAACUCGAUUAAGACGCUAAUACGCAUCUUGCAGAACCUGAAGCAGACACAAACAAUUGUGGCGAAUCCGCCGCAACAUCACGAGACGAAACCCAGCAGUAGCAGCAACGAUCAUGACUUUGACUACAACACGGAGCACACUGAGGAGGAGCAUCCGCCCACGACGGUGGCAGGCAAUGCCGAAGCGGAUCUGCAGCAUCUAAAUAAGCCAAACAAGCAUCCAGGACCUACCACAGGUCGUGCUGGUAUCGAUUAUCCCAACUAUUCGGAGAUUCCCAAGACAGACUUUGAGUGCACACAACAACGCUACAAGGGUUUCUUUGGUGAUCCGGAAACCAAUUGCCAAGUGUGGCACUAUUGCGAUCUGAAUGGCGGCAAGGCUUCUUUUCUUUGCCCCAAUGGCACCAUCUUUAGUCAAAUUGCGCUGACUUGUGAUUGGUGGUUCAAUGUCAAGUGCUCGACAACCUCACAGCUUUAUGUGCUUAACGAGCGUCUCUAUAAAUACAUACUGCCCUUCAAUCCAAAGUUCCCCGAGGACUACAAUGGACCCAUAGUGGACAAAUACCUGGCCAUGAAGUUCCAGGAGAUGGAGGAGAAAAUGCGAUUGGAAAAGCAACGGAAAAUUAAACAGCAAGCGGAAAAACCUGAAGCCAGGGAGGAGGCAUCUACACCGUCAUUGCCCAAAAAUCACAAGGCAUCGCCCAAACAUGGCAGCGGUAUCAACGCUCAGGUCUAUGAGCAGAGCUCCGAGCGCAAUCUGCUGAUCGAUGAUGAAAUCGAUGACAUUUCCGAACGCGGCACUUACGAUACCUAUGGCCAAGCGCCCACCACAAUUAUGGCACCGACAACAACGUCGCUGGAUUCACAAACAUUGGGACGAAAGCCCAUUGUUGUGUCAUCCACGCCAUAUCCAGAACGUGAGGAGGAACCAGAGCUAACUGCUGAUUCAGAGCUUGAAGGCGAACCGCCAGCAAAUUCAGAAAGCAGCGAGGAAGAGGACAAACUACAAAGCUUAAGAGAUACGAAUGCAGUUGCGGGACAAAAGCGUUUAGAGACAACAAAAGUAAGUGUCGAGAAACUAGAAGUGAUUGAGAUAAAACCGGAUGGUAACACCGGGCACCUAAUGCCCAUCAGUGGCAUGUCGGAGAGCAGCGAACAGCAAUCGGAGCAAGAGUCGAGCAGCAGAGAGAGCAAAGAGUGAGAAGCCUUGGAAGGGAAGAUAAUUUUGGUAGAGAAUGCUUGCCAUAUUUGUAAUGAGAAUUCUUGUACUUGUUCGUGUCGUCGGUCGGUUGUACGUCUUAAAUUAUUAUUCAUAGCGAGCGAUUACUGUAAAUAGUUAACUGUAAAUUGAAAACAAUACCUAUAGGAACCAAAUAGAUAUAUGUUUGUAUGUAUGAUAAUAUAAAUGCCAAGUAUUAAGUAAAAAAUUUC